CUCCAUUUCCUGUUGUGGUGGAGUGUGAGUUGAUGAGCAUAGGCAGUGGAGAUCACAGAGGAUUCCUCUGGUCACUUGUAUGACAGUUAAAAACCACACUUGCUGUGAGUAUGAAUGACUGCACCGUGUCCCCGCAGAGGGGCUGCACGUGAUGACGGAGCCUUCGUCCGCGAGUAAGUAACAUGGGCCUCAGAGGAGAAGAUGGCAGCUGUUGCACCUGAUGUCAUGUUGAUAUUCCCUUGACAACCGCGGAUCGGAUACCAGAUAUAUACAGGGUCCAUCAUGCCCAUCACGCUGCUGUGGGCCGUGGAUGUGUACGGCAGAGUGUACAGCCUCUCCACAGCAGGCCAGCGCUGGGAGCGCGCAGACGACAUGCUGCUAGAGCUGAAGCGCGUUACUGCGGGGAAGGACCGCUGCUGGGGCAUAGGCUGUGACCACCAUGUUUACCUCAACAUAAUGCCCAGUGAAACCCCCAUCCGCUACAGGGAAGAGACCUACGAAAACCAGAGGUGGAACCCAGUGGACGGCUUCACUGACACACUGCUGCCCACCGACCGCUGGCCGUGGAGCGACGUGACCGGACUGAACCCUCAGCCGCUCCACAGCUUCCAGUUGCCGUCUCGCAGCUGGGAGUGGGAGGGAGACUGGUACGUGGAUCAGAGCUGUGGAGGAGAACCCAGCCAGACUGGGGGCUGGGAAUAUGCGGUGGAUUUUCCGGCUAAUUUCUCCCCUGACAAGAAGUGGAAUUCCUGUGUUCGUCGUAGGCGCUGGAUCCGUUACAGGAGAUACAUCGCACAAGGCACCUGGACGAAGAUUCCCUUGGAUAAUCCGAGGAAACCUCCGCUGCCACUGUGUGACAUGAGCUGUGGUGGCUGGGAGAUGAGUGACCAGUCUGGAAGGUAUCCCUACCUCUGGGGUGUGUCCCAACAAGGACAGGUGUGGUUCAGGGAGGGCAUCCACCCUCGGGUCCCCGAGGGCUCCAGCUGGGAGGAGGUAGAGGUGCCUAAGGAAGUGGCUCAGUUGUCAGCUGGUCCUGGAGAUCUGCUGUGGGCUUUACUCUGGGAUGGAAACCUGAUGGUUCGGACUGGCCUCAGCCUGGACAGUCCAACCGGCACGUCAUGGGUAGAAGUGGAAUCGCCAGUGAAGGACGACGAAGCUCUUCAUGUGGCAGUCGGGGUCAGUGUGGUCUGGGUGGUCACGAAAGACUACAAGCUGUGGUUCCGGCGUGGCGUGAACUCUCACAACCCCUGUGGCUCUGGCUGGAUCAGCAUCGGAGGGGAGAUGAUAAUGGUGGAUGUAGGACUCAAUGACCAGGUGUGGGCUGUUGGCGAGGACCAUGGCCUGUAUUUUAGAAUCGGCGUAACCCCGUCUGAACCUAGUGGGAACGGCUGGAUUCCUGUUUCUGCCCAGUGGGGCAAUAAAAAAGUAGUUGUUCCACCCAGAGAUGACUGUGAGUUUAGUGGCCAGCUGACCGAGGCCUCACAGGGCUCAGUUCUGAGCUGUACUGAGUCGGACUCAGAUUUGGGUCCUUCUGAACCACAAAACGGCACAAGUGACACCCCGGUCGUGGAAGCAGCAGCCCCCUCUGUCGUUCCUUUAGGUGGAGGCGACGCUCCCACACUUCUGCUGGAGAAAGACGACGCUCCUUUAGCCUCUCAACCGGAUCUCCCCAAACCUUUCAUCCCCGCCAGUGACAGCUUCAUCAACAGCUUGGUCUCAGACAGAGACAGAACUUCCUCUGUGCAACCGAGCAUUACAGAGACACUGCAGGAGAAGGUGGAGGAGAAACCUCCCGCCCCGAUACUCCCGACCCUUGAGACUGUGGGACAUGAUGUCCCCUGGAUGAAUGUGGAUCUGGAGGGGGCAGAAGCAGCUCGGAGUGCACAGGCAGGGGGGGCUUCGUUGGCUGAGGGCAGUGAUGCUGCUACCUACACCUUGGGGACCCUGGAGACCUUCCAGCAUGUUGGGGAGGACGACGUCCCAGCUUGGACCUGGAUCUCUGGUGGAGGCUGCGACGUGGAUGCUAUCUCACACAUCAGCUGGCUCAGUCCCACAGGUCCUCUCACCAGCUCUCUGUCACUGACUCCGGUGCAGUCAGCAGCUUGGAGCGAGCAGCAGCAGCAGCAGCAGGAACACAGAGAGGAAAUGAGCAAGAAGCCGCUAGAGCGAAGCAACUCAGUGUGGGUGCGCAAAGGUAUGCUGCGCUGGUGGAGAGACUGGAAACCUCAGCGCUGGGUGGACGUGGGUGUCGCUCUGGAGCAGUCCACCAGGUGUGACGGCAGGAAGGACAGCAUUUUCUUUGUCUAUUACACGCAGUAUGGUGAGAAAAAGUACCUUCACGUGUUCAUAAAUGAAGUGACGGCGCUGGUUCCAGUGCCCAGGGACUGUCACUACGCCUUUGCUGUGUACACAGCCCAGAGGACCAAGCACAGGUGGCCCCUCGUCCUGGCAGCGCAGACGGAGAAGGACAUGAAUGACUGGUUGCACCUGUUGUCCGACUGUUGCUGCAUGUGUCGAGGGAUCGCAGGCCCCCCGUCCAGACAGGCCCUGUGGUCCACCACAUCAAAGGGAGACAUCAUGGUCCAUGAGCCGUCCUUCUCCCUGGAGGCUGCUGCGAACACACUGUCCUGCGACCUCAUGUUCUGGCGGCAGGUCCCCGGACACCUGCGCUGUGUAGAGUCUAACAGUCUGGGGCUGGUGUGGGGCAUCGGGUGGGACGGCACAGCCUGGGUCUACAGUGGGCACGAUGGGCAGCAGCCCAUGCCUGGAGACGCCGUGGAGAUGCUGCAGCAGACUGACGUCAGGAGCGUACACAUGUAUGAGAAUCAGCGCUGGAACCCUAUGACGGGAUACACAGACAAAGGUCUUCCAACAGACCGCCCGAUGUGGAGCGAUGAAAGUGGACUGAAAGAGUGCACCAAAGGCAACACACAGCCGCCCUCCCCUCUGUGGUCCUGGGUGUCCGAGUGGGCUGUGGACUGCAAUGUUCCUGGAGGAACAGACAAAGAAGGCUGGCAGUACGCUGCCGACUUCCCCACCACGUUCCAUGGCCACAAAACCAUGAAAGACUUUGUCAGGCGUAGACGAUGGACAAGGAAGUGUAAGAUAACACUGAGCGGUCCAUGGGAGCAGGUCCCACCCAUCCAACUGAGUGACAUCUCCCUGAUGCCGUGUUUGGCCCAGAGCAGGAUGGACCAGGUCCCUGUCUGGGCCCUCAGUGACAAGGGAGAUGUCCUGUGUCGGCUCGGAGUCAGCCCCCAAAACCCAGCGGGCAGCUCCUGGCUACACGUAGGCACAGAUCAGCCCUUUAAGUCCAUCUCUAUUGGUGGAGCAAACCAGGUGUGGGCCAUCGCUAAAGACGGAGCUGUGUUCUACAGAGGGUCAGUGUCCCCACAAAACCCUGCAGGGGAAUGCUGGUACCACAUCCCUUCUCCCUCACGGCAGAACCUCAGACAACUGUCUGUAGGUCGGACGUCGGUCUUUUCUGUGGAUGAAAAUGGUAACCUGUGGUACAGACAAGGCGUCACUCCCAGCUACCCACAAGGCUCCGCAUGGGAGCUCAUCUCUAACAACGUCACCAAGGUUUCUGUCGGACCGCUGGACCAGGUGUGGAUCAUAGCAGACGGGGUUCCGGGUUUCCCUGCUGAGACUGUGGGAGCCGUGUGCCACAGGCUGGGUGUGGGACCUGUGCAACCCAAGGGCCAGUCAUGGGACUAUGGUAUAGGGGGAGGAUGGGAGCACAUCAGUGUGAGGGGCAACUCAGCAGAGGCUCCUCGCGCGCCUCACCCUGCACCUGCUGCACCUCCACGCAGCCCGCUCCUCCCAAGACCUCCAACGCAAGUCAACGGGAAAGCAGUGGGUGUGUAGCGCCCUUCCAUGUCGUUGUCCUCCUCCUCUUCCUCUUCCUCUUGCCUCAGCCCUGUUUGUGCCUGGAUCUUACGUUUGUCUCCUCGGAGCGUCCCCACAUGCUCCGGUCUCUUCUUGCAAAGAGAACAACGCACAAUCACUCCCAAUAAGUUUGUUUAGUAGAUUUUCGGCUGGAUUUGACUCUGGACGGAUGGAGGAAUGUUACUCUCUGAGAAAAGGGAAGCACAAGGUCACAUUUAACAGGAUGACAAAGGUUUCAGAGUGAGUGCAUGUGUUGACUUUGGCUACUGGGUGUUUUGGGACUUAGCAAUAGCUUGUAUUCUUAUAUAUCCCGUGAGAGCGUGCGAGGGCAGGACUUCAAUAAAAGGGCUAAGGCUUGGGUACAGAACUGUCUUGUCAUACAUUAACUCCCCACUGUAGCUUAAACUGUCUUGGUUUUGUCUGUGUUUGUGUCUGAUUACGAUUGCAUGUGAUUUAAUUUAUUC